AACGCCAACCACGACAAAAGACACCUCAAGAAUUCAAGAUGGUUCGCUACGCCGCCGCUGCCCUCGCUUCUAACCCUGACAAAACCUCCCGCGCUCGCGGCGAGUACUUGCGGACCCAUUUCAAAAAUAUGCGGGAGGUUGCUGCCGCGCUGACGGGUCUCAAACUCACCAAGGCCUACUCUUACCUUAGCGACGUCUCAGAGCACAAACAAGUCAUUCCUUAUCGGCGGUUUAACGGUGGUGUUGGGCGUGCUAGCCAGGCGAAGCAGUUCAAAACAACUCAGGGUCGUUGGCCUGAGAAGUCCGUCAAGUUCAUCACCCGCCUACUCAAGAACGCCGAGUCAAACGCGGAUGCGAAAAGCCUUGAGCUUGAGGAUCUUACCAUCAAGAACAUCGUUGUGCAGCAAGCUCCCAAAACCCGCCGUCGCACAUACCGUGCACACGGUCGUAUCAACCCCUACCAAGGACAUCCUUGUCACGUCGAAAUCAUCUUGUCCGCGUCAGAAGAACAAGUAGAGCGAAGCAAGGACAAGGACACUGUUUCACGCUCGGCGCUUACAGGGUUGAACAGGCGUCAGGUCGCGAGGAGACGUAUUGAGGCUGCUCGCUCUGCAUAAGUCUUAUGUGAUCAGUCGAGUUAGCGAUGCUGGCCACGAGGAACUUGAAGACAUGCCGUGUCUGUCGCCUGUAUGCAUAUGUCACGCCGCAGACGCCUUCUGUUUGCGGCGCAUUGUUUUACGCCUCUAUUACCAUGUCUUUCUCUUUUCUUGAAAACAGGCUGACAGCGAGCCAGAUUUUUUCUGUGCCUCA